CACAACGCGAAACAUUUUCUUUCCCGUGUAAUAAACAUUUGCAGUAGAAAUGGCAACUUCGAAGCCGUCCAAAGAUUCAUUUUCGACCGAAACCACGCGUAUAUGUCGAAACUGUUUGUCGACUGAUGGAACUUUCCAGCCGGUAACUAGCGAUGAAAGAGGCGAAUAUCUUUCACAACAAGUAUUUUCCUGUACAAAUGUUCAGAUGGAGCUAUUGCCAGGAUCUACAACGUAUUUGUGUUCGGCCUGCAAAUCGCGGUUGAACUUUGCGGAUAAGCGCCGCUCGAUAUACACUCUAAACAUUGCAAAACUCGACCGGAUUAUGAAAGAAUUGAAGAUUCACAUCCGCACUCACAACCGCAAAAAGCCGUUCAUCUGUAAAGUCUGCAGCAAAGCAUUCCAUUCGGAAAACACCCUGAUCAUUCACAUGAAAAUUCACAACAAGGACCAACAUAAAUGUCCUCAUUGUCCUGGUAAAUUCGCACGGCCAUGCCAGCUUAAGGAUCACAUUCGGAUUCACACCGGCGAAAAGCCGUUCCACUGUAAUGUCUGCAGUAAAAAAUUCCAUGCGGCAAGAAACCUGCACAUUCACAUGAAAAUUCACAACAAGGACCAACAUAAAUGUCCUCAUUGUCCUGGUAAAUUCGCACGGCCAUCCCAGCUUAAGGAUCACAUUCGAACGCAUACCGGCGAAAAGCCGUUCAUCUGUAAAGUCUGCAGCAAAGCAUUCCAUUCUGCAAGCGUCCUGUGCAUUCAUAAGACAAUUCACAACAAGGACCAACAUAAUUGUCCUCAUUGCUCUAGUGAAUUCGCACUACAAUACCAGCUUAAGAAUCACAUUCGGACCCAUACCGACGAAAAGCCGUUCACCUGUAAAGUCUGCAGUAAAGAAUUCCAUUCGGCAGUAAACCUGUACAGUCACAUGAAAAUUCACGACAAGGCUCAACAGUGUCCCUACUGCGAUAGAAAAUUCGCACAACAAUACCAGCUGAAGACUCACAUUCGGAUUCACACCGGCGAAAAGCCGUGCCACUGUAAUGUCUGCAGUAAAAAAUUCCAUGCGGCAAUAAACCUGCACAAUCACAUGAAAAUUCACAACAAGGACCAACAUAAAUAUGAGUCGGUCUGA